AUGUCAGAUCGUGUUCGCGAUGAAUACGUUAUUGUGCGAAGUCAAAAACAAAAGAGGCAGCCACAAGUUGUCGUUUCGGAUCAAGAAGAGUAUUGUGGUGAUGAGCCGGUAUCAAGACGAAUUGUAAAAACAAAACAACCCGCACAUCAAAUAAAAUAUGUUUCAGCAGAUGAAUCCUAUCGCCGUUAUCAAUCGAGUGGAACAAACGACAGAGAACGUGUUCAUGUUCGAAAAACAAGAAAUGGUGAAAAAGUUUUAGUUGACGAUGACGAUAAUGUCAUAAAAGUAUUGCGUGAUUCGACACCAGAAUUCGAGAGACGACAAAUGGUCUGGUAUGAGACACCCAAUGAACGUUCGAUUGUAAGAGAACCGAAGAAAAAAAUUGAACAAAGUCGCCCAAAAAUAAAAGGUAUCUAUCAUGGUGAUGAAUCAACAAAAGUCGUUCGAAAAGUUAUUUUUGAUCCAACGACGGGCGAUAAACAAACAGUGUAUGAAAAAGAAAAACCUAAAAAACAAGUUGUAAUACAGCGAGAUGAUUCAGACGACGACGAACAAAAACAGUACGUACGCGUUGUACAAAGACGAGCGGAUCUCUCGCCAAGGCGGGAAGCAAAAUAUGUCGUCUAUAAAGAUCACGAUGAACCACAAUACACAAUGUCAUCAUCUUGCUCAUCAGGUCACAGAAAAAAUAGUCAGAUUAUCUAUGAAGCGCCGAAAAAGACAUCGUACAUGUAUUCAGCUAGUAGAAAAUAUUAUAAAUAA